AUGGACGAGAAUAUCGCUCAGAAACUACGAAAUGUUCAAACGACAGCUAUUUAUUUAUUUUUUUUGCCUUUUGAACCAAAUGAGUUAACUAAGCGCUAUGGUUUUAUCAAAUUUGAUGAAAAUAUAGAUGAUACUACUGCACGUCUUUCACAAUAUAUAGGGUUAAGUCUUAAUACAAAUGCUACAACAGUUGUUAAAUUUAUGCAAAAAGGUUGGCUUUUACCAAAACCUGAUUUAAUUAUAUCUAUAACUGGUGGAGCAAAAAAUUUUGAUAUGUCAACACGUCUUAGAAAGAUUUUUCAAAGUGGUUUAGUUUCUGCUGCUAUUACGACAAAUGCAUGGUUAAUUACAGCUGGAACAAAUGCUGGUGUUGUUAAAGAGGUUGGUGAAGCUCUUAAUAAAUAUCGUUAUAAAAAUCGAAAAAAUGAUGUUGAUGUACCAUGUAUUGGUAUUGGUAAUUGGGGUUAUACUACAGAAAAUGAACAACUUGAUUGUCAAUCGACAACUUUUUCUAUAGAUGUGAGUACUACAAAAGAAAUACCUCCAUCCAUGAGACAUCAUCUUAAUAAAAUAACACAUUCUACUCGUAUGGGUAAUGAUGAUCAAUAUGCAGUUGGACAUUAUACUGUUAAAGAAAAGCAAGAGAAACGAUGUGAUUUAGAACCAAAUCAUACUCAUUUUUUAUUAUUUGAUGAUGGACAACCAAAUGCUGAUACUAUUCUACCAUUACGAGCAGAAAUUGAAAAAUAUUGUCGAAAUAGGAGCAUAGAUACUGCUACAGACGGAGCAAUUGAAUCAUUGAUACCUAUUGUUAUGGUUUUGGUUGAAGGUGGUCUAUCAUCGAUUCGAACAAUUUGUGAGGCACUUGAUUCGAAUACGCCAGUUGUUGUUAUCAAAGAAUCAGGUCGUGUUGCUGAUCUUAUUGCUGAAUUACAUACUUAUUAUACGGAAAGCACGAAUGGUAAUGAUAAUGUUUAUCCUACACGACUACAAACCUGUUCAGCUAAAAGUGGUUCAAAAGAAACAAAGAUCAAUAAGAUUUUGACUAAAGCACAAGCUACUAUUACAGGGCUCCAUGAAGUUAUAGAUAAUCUAUGUCAAGUAUUACAUGAACGUAAACAAUUAGUGACAAUUUUUAAAUUUGAUAGUAAUCGACAUCAUGGAAAUCUUGAAGAUGCUAUUCUAGAAUCUUUGUUUAAUGCUACAAAAUUUUCUGAUGAUCACAUUGAACGAAAUCGUCGAACAGCAGAACUUAAAUUAGCUAUAGCUUGGCAUAAAUUUAAUUAUACUCAAAAAUAUCUUCUUACUGAUACGAAAAUAUCUAAAUGGAAAGAAGAUGAUCUACAUCGUACUCUUGUUGAUACACUUCAUCGUGGUCAUGUUGAUUUUGUUGAAUUACUCAUUGAAUUUGGUACAUCACUAGAAAAAUUGACAAAUGGAGAUCUUAAACAACUUCAUGCAACAACAUUGACUAAUAAUCGAUUACCACAUAAAGGCAAAGAAAAAAUGCUAUAUGAUAAUACAAAUAAGAAUAAUAAUUUUUUAUUAUUAGAUGAUAAUAUGUCAUUAGGUAAAGGCGCUCCACAGGAAUUAUUUUUAUGGGCUCUUUUUCUUAAUCGAUUGAAACUUGCAACAUACCUUUGUUCCAAAACUUGGAAUUCAUUAGUAGCAUCAUUAUUUGGUGCAUUAAUCUAUCGACGUGCAGCAAGUUUAGAACUUGACGUUGAUAUAAAACAAUAA